AGUGUCAAUUAUUUCUCUCAUUGUUGUUUGUUACUCAAAUCGAGAUCUUCUUUGAUUGAACUGUCUAGUAAUUAGGUAGAUUGGGAAGUUACAAAUAGGAGAAAACAUAGGUAGUUUAUUUGCAUAAUAUGGCGGGUCAUGAUCAAAACAACUGUAACCAAAAUGGCAUUGCAGAAAACAAUGACAUUGAACCAUCCGAACCAAGCGACGAAAGUGUCGUCGAAGAAUACAUCAUGUUGGAUUCAAAAUUGGAUGAACUUAAUUCAGCACUGGACUAUUUGGAACAAAAAAAUGAUGAUAUCCACGAAAGGCUAAAAGAGCUAUUACAGUCAAAUAUUGAAAUUAGACAAGAAUUGCGCAAUGAAAAAGCAGAAGUGUCUGGGAAUAAUUAAUUCACAUCACAUAUUUCCAACCAGU